CAGCUGAAUAUUAUUGUCCGCUGCACGCACCAAAUAAAUUUUGUGAGAGCCGUAUCAGCCGCGAGACGGAGUACUUUUCUUUGACGUCGUAUGGUUACGUUUUGUGUGGAGUGUUUUUAGUUAUUUUCGUGACUAUUUUGACGAUAAUAUAGACAUUUUACGCGAUACACACGCUGUGUUUAAGUGGACAGUAUUUAUCAGAUCGAAAUAAGUGUGAGUAAACACUCCGAAGGGACAGAUUUCGAAAACGCAUUUCGCAAAAACAAUUGUACUGAAGAAAUUGACCGAGUGUUUGGCAACAAAUAAACUACGGUGGUACCGAAACAAGCAAUCUCGACAAUAAUCUCGACAUUCCACUAUCUACAAAGACUGAUUUAGAACCUAAUGUUAAGGACAUUCCUCAGUUGACUUCCUUUAAUAAUAUGAUUACUGAGUAAAACCAAACAAGAGCCAAGAUGUUCAAGCUACUGGGCGGUUUGAGCGUGUACUUCAAGUACAACCCGAUCAAGACUGACAAUGCUGUGUUUAGACUGCACAAUGUGUUCACGACAGUACUGCUGCUCACUUGCUCAAUCAUCAUCACAGCAACGCAGUACGUGGGGCAGCCGAUUCAGUGCAUCGUGAGUGGGUUGCCGACGAAUGUGGUCAACACUUUCUGUUGGAUCACUUCGACGUUUACGAUGCCAGACGCGUUCGCCAGGGAGGUUGGCAAAGAGGUAGCGCAUCCAGGUAUCGCCAACGAAUAUGACGGUUCGCAGGAGAAGAAGUACUAUACCUACUACCAGUGGGUGUGUUUCGUACUGUUCUUCCAGGCGAUCAUGUGCUACACGCCCAAGUUCCUCUGGGACGCGUUCGAGGGCGGUCUACUGCGCACCAUCAUCAUGGGGCUGAAUGUGGGCGUCUGCCACCAGGAGGAGAAGGACAAGAAGAAGGACGUGCUCAUCGACUACCUCUUACGGUAUCAGAGGAUGCACAAACUCUACGCGCUGCGGUACUGGGGCUGCGAGCUGCUGUGCCUGGUCAACAUCGUGGUACAGCUGUGGAUGAUGGACAGCUUCUUCAACGGGGAGUUCUUCUCCUACGGCACCCGGGUUCUGGGGUACAGCGAGGUGCCUCAAGAAGAGAGAUACGACCCCAUGAUAUAUGUAUUCCCGCGCAUAACAAAGUGUACGUUCCACAAAUUCGGUGCCUCAGGCAGUAUUCAAACCCACGACAGUUUGUGUAUCCUGCCGCUGAAUAUCGUCAAUGAGAAGACCUACAUCUUCCUUUGGUUCUGGUACAUCAUCCUGGCGAUUAUACUGACGCUCUUAGUGAUAUACAGGCUAGUGAUAAUCUUCGUGCCGUCGAUAAGGCCGCGGCUCCUCCACGCGCGGUCGCGGUCGAUCGCCAUCGAGACGGCCGUGGUGGUGUCGCGGCGCACCGACGUCGGCGACUGGUGGCUGCUCUAUAUGCUUGCUAGAAACAUGGACCCCCUCAUUUAUAGGGAGCUAAUAUCAGAGCUAGCCAAACGCCUCGGCGAGAAGCCUUUGCCCCGCGCGUGACGGCCGCCCAAGCCGCCGCCCACCGUCGCCAUCGUGGGCGCCUGACGUCACACGCACAGCCACGGCUUUACGUAAGUCGCAGUAUUUCUACAGACGUUGCAGACGCGUGUCAUAUACGAGUACGCGAAACUGUUGAAUCUUUCAUCUCGAAUCUGUCAUCGACGCUAUUAUACGACCACAGCUUUAUGUGACUUAGUACCCUCAGUUUUUAUAUUCGAUUAAGCGUCGUUAGUAUAAUUG